GUUGGUCCACGUGUACCAGUCGAUAUAAUGAUGAUGUAAAUCUCUCUGUUGAUCGAGCCUGCCGUACCGCUAUGUUCGAUAGUCAGAACCGGAGGAACGAUUCCUAAAUCAGUAAAUUUUACUGCAACGAUGAAGACAGUCGUUACUCGACUUAUACUAGACAAAGAAUCAAGUAUCGACAUUGGGAAUUAGCUAGAAAUAAUGAGGCCUGCACAAAGGAGACAGCAGGGCUUGCAGUACGGCGUUUUCUUGUUACUUAUGCAAGCCAUGAAUUUCGGUAUCGAUAAGAUUCCACCGGCCACUUUAAUCACGAUUAUUGCACAAGUAUCGCUUUAUAUCGGUCUGAUAAAAGUUCCGUGGAACGCAGAGGAGGCAUGCAUAUCCGCGAUCAAAGUUUUCAAGUAUCGCGAUUGGAACUCGUUCAUCGUAUCGAAUUUCGAGCAUGGUUCGGACAUGCACCUGUACUAUAACAUGGUUUCGUUGAUUUUGAAAGGUUACUAUUUGGAACCUAUGUACGGAACCAUGAAUUUUGCUGUCUUAUUAGCUAUACUCUCUCUCGGAUGCAGUGCUAUGUACGCGAGUCUCGGCUACGGGUUGAUGCAACUGACAGGAGAUUUCGGGUAUUACACGCAAUGCGCUAUUGGGUUUUCCGCCGUUCUGUUUGCUUUGAAAGUAAUCGUGGUCUGCGAGGAACACGAUAGAAUGCAAAAUGUAGGGGGACUCAGAGUCCCCAGUAAAAUUGCUGUGUGGGUCGAGCUGAUCUUGAUUCACCUCUUGGUUCCACAUUCUUCCUUCGUCGGUCAUCUCGGAGGUAUCCUUGUUGGUUGCUUGUACUGUUAUACUUUCGUUGGAGAAAUGAUUGAUAACAUUGUGUGUACUGUAACUGGUGCUCCUAUCAUACACGAGGAGCAAUUUUAUAGAAGGCGCAGUUCGUACUUCAGGUGAAUAAGUAAACAAAAACGUGGAGCUUUCUCAAUUUAAUUUUAUUAAGGUGAUAUAAGAUUACAAAAGCAUAUUAUUUUUCUAUACCAUGUAUAUCUAAAGGACUGUAAAGCUACGUUUUAAAUAUUUAUUAUACAAUAUGUAAAAUAAUAAAUUAAUGUACACUCUGUUUAUAAA